AUGGCUGAUGGCUCGGAGGAAACUGAUGAAGAGGAAAAACUGGAGCUUCAGAAAAUAAUUGAAGCUUUCAAUUACCGAGUAUGGAUUUCCCAGUUGAAAUAUGAGGAAUACGUUAGACUGACUGUAACAUCAAGAGAUGGUUUAUUUACCAUUGAACAUGUUAAAUAUGUCAUGUCUCUGGAAGACACCUGGAAAUACUUGAUUAAAAAACUAAUUAAGCCCACUGUGCUGGUAGAGAACUACCUCAUGACUUCUGGCACCGAACCAGAAAUCUGGCCAUUUGGCCCAACCAUGAGAGUGGCCAACUUGAGAGCUGAGAAGAGAUUUUGGAAUUCUAGAGAUAUGCUUCUCUUGAGAGACGCGCUCUCUUUGGAGAGCAAUUUUCCUCUCAAAUCACUCGAAACUCGCCCUCGGAGAAGUGCUGGUGAAUUGAACGACCAUCUGGCGCAAAAGUUUAUAAUCAAUGAAGCGCCGAAUAAAAACCUGAUUAUUAAACUGAAAUGCCCAAAUGUGCAUUUCAAGGAUUACACUUUCGAUUCGAUCCCAUUCAAAAUUAUUUUCGGAAUUCUGAGGAAGGACCCGUCAAAACAGUACACUUUUGAAACGAGCAGUCCAGAGCGCGUCUCUCAAGAGAAGCAUAUCUCUAGAAUUCCAAAAUCUCUUCUCAGCUCUCAAGUUGGCCACUCUCAUGGUUGGGCCAAAUGGCCAGAUUUCUGGUUCGGUGCCAGAAGUCAUGAGGUAGUUCUCUACCAGCACAGUGGGCUUAAUUAG